GCAGCGCUCCGCUCCAGAAGAGAGAAAACCCCACAAACUGAGCGAAGUCCCCCCACUGCUCGAUGUGACACCUCCAGACCCUCCUCUCCCCCGCUGCGGCUCAGUCGAAGAGUUCAUGACGGUUUCGGACAGCGACUCUCUCGCGCUCAUCAUGCCCGUCCCAGCGGAGUGCCGCAGCUCCACCGAGCCGGCCCGCUCAUCCUCGGCGUCGCUUGUCCCCGCCGCCCCGAUCAACACCCACCAGCCGGGGGUGGCCACCUCGCUGCUGUACAGCGGCUCGCAGUUCCGGGGCUACCAGAAGAGCAAAGGCAACUCCUACGACGUGGAGGUCGUUCUGCAGCAUGUGACCGUGGAGGACUCGUACUUGUGUGGCUACCUGAAGAUAAAGGGUCUAACUGAGGAGUAUCCCACUCUCACAACAUUUUUUGCUGGAGAAAUUAUAAGUCAAAAGAGGCCUUUUUUAACCAGGAAGUGGGACGCAGAUGAGGAUGUGGACAGAAAGCACUGGGGCAAGUUUCCACCUUUUUACAAAUAUGCCAAAAGCUUCAACUCGGACGACUUUGAUUAUGAAGCACUGGACAACAGUGAUUAUGUCUUCAUGAGGUGGAAGGAGCAGUUUCUGGUUCCAGACCAUACUAUCAAAGACAUCAGCGGUGCCUCCUUCGCAGGCUUCUACUACAUCUGCUUUCAGAAGUCCACAGCUACUAUCGAGGGCUACUAUUACCAUAGGAGCUCUGAAUGGUACCAGUCUCUUAUCUUAAACCAUGUUCGAGAGCACAGCGUGCCCAUUUAUGAAUUUCGGUGACAAAAAAAAACUCAGGUGUUCAGCAUGAAGUAAAGGACAGUUCACACUGCCCUGUGCUUAAAUGGGACGGGAACGACGGAGAGCUUAUGAUGCCAUGAAUAGGGGUGACCUGUUUCCUCACAGCAGGGGAAGUGAAGGCAGACAGUCUUCUGAUGGAGUGAAGGAAAGAUGGUGCAGCGAGACAGAAGACCUGAAGGCCAAAGACGGUUCUCACAGCUGCUGUAGAACUUGAUGUUUGUCCCGUAUUUCAUUUUUAAUUUCUUUCUCUGGACUGUUUUUAUUUUCAAUUUUGUGCAGCGGUUUUCUGUGCGCUCUCACAGAAUCUGUCUCCCUGUAGCUGGACAGCAAAACGGUUCCAGUUUUGCUUUCGCGGAGACAUUAUGAGCAUAAUCUGCCUUUUAGUUAAGAGUCACAUGAGAGUAAAGGUGUCAGAGGAGUUUUGCUCAGUAAGCUCUUUUUUUCUUUUAGAGUUUUUCAACAAAAGCAAUGAUGAGCAGUGAUCUACUUUUGUCUGUGAGACUAAGUCAUGGUCUGAUGAUCAGGGAGGAAAUGAACUAGAACUCGAAAUGAUCACCAAUAAAUAAUAAUUUCCAAGCUGCUGGGUUUUUCAAAGAUCCUCUAAUCAACACUGUCUCCACAAACAGCUAAUGGCUACACGCUGAAUUUUCGCUAUGCAAAACUCACUAAUGGAAGUUUUUUUUAAUUAUUUUACGUCUAUGCGCCGGUGGCAGCCAGUGGGUGGAGACAUUCUGUUUUCAGGUUGUUCCUCCAUUCUUCUGGGCUCAAUAUCUCAAGAAUACCUCGAGAGAAUCCUUUCAAAUUUGCAACAUAUAAUUAGAUUUUGGUGGAUCAAGGUCACGGUGGCCUCACAAAACGUGUUUGUCGCCUCGUGAACAGGAUAUCUCAAGUCUGCCUUUAGGAAAUUUCCGAUUUUGACCAGUUGGACUUAAAGAUGUUAGAUUUCAGUGGUGACCUCAUAUGUCUGGAAGAGAAAUAUACGUAGACUGAAACUGCACUGGUUGGCGGAGGCAUACAACCACAAAGCGGUAUUUUUAGUUUUAUUUUCAAGAGUGAGAUAUUUAUUUUUUUAAUCAAGAGGAAAAGUGUAUAUGAAAGUUAAGUGGUGGAAUCAAUAAGGAGGCUUAUGGGUAUCUUAGCUCAGAUGCUGAGUUGUGUUUUCAGGAUUUUGGUCAUGUGAAAGAUGGAGCAGGGAGACCUAAUGGCACACGUGCAGUUUGACUGAAUCACUGUCACAUGUAUUGUAGUUCAUGUGUGGUUGUACUGGUUUAUUUUACUACAUUUGUCUGGUUUGGAAAAUGUCUCAAAAUAGGAGAUUCAAGUAACGCAUGUCUGCGAUGUGCGACUGCUCUACUCACCAGGGAAUGUGAUGUAAAGAAGCACCUCGUGUGGCUCGGGCGCCGUGGAAGAGGUGACGGAGACAGAACAAAACCCACUGCCUUACAAUUUUAAAGUUUUGUAAAGUUGCAACACAUGAGCUUGAGGUUAUACGGUUGGUGAUGUUUUAUUUAAAGAAAUCAGAGUAUAUUUCUGCGAGAGAAAUUAAAGCUUUUGAUCUGCAGUCUACUGAGAAGUGUUGCUGUCGGUCAUGUGCCGGAGAGUGCAUGUCCUCUGCCUGCCUGUGUGUUGCUCGUAGCCUUUCAGCCGGCCUGCUGGCCUGCAGCAUGACACAAGGACUUGAGGGGUUGUCGUGGGGGAAACUCUUGACACUAUAUGUUUUUUUAAAAACCCAAGUAAGUGGAUUGACCACUUCACAGUCUGAAUGACUUCAAAAUAAUUUGCUUGCUUUUUUUUUUAAUUAAUCAACUAAAUCAAAAUGUGCAAUGUAAAGAAACAUGUUUGUUUGAGAGUGUGUCUGUAAAAGUCAGAUGAUGUAUGAUAAAUCUGCUAUGAAUGUAUCGUAUGAGAUGGAAUAAAGAGAAAUAUUUAUACUUUA